AUGGACAUUUGCGGAGCAUGCGGCGUCCAGAAAAAUGAUGCCAUGGUCCAAUGUGACCGAUGCGAUACUUGGUGGCACUUCGGAUGCGUCGGAGUGGAUGAGAGCGUCAGCGAGAGGAGCUUUAUCUGCCCCAAAUGCGAGAAUUCCACUUCGCUGCUACAGUCGCAGCCCACAACUGGCGUAGAGCUAAUACCACCCAUUGAUAGCAUAUCUCUGACGUCCAGAAGAUCGUCCGUUUCGAAUGCGAGUGCGCGAGCUCGUCUAAACCUAGAGAAACUCGAAGUUAAGAAAGCCCUAGCCGAGAAGACGUUAAAUCUGGAACUUCGUGAGCAGGAGCGAAAGCUCGAGCUUGCUCGUCUGCAGAAUGAAGGAGAACUGGAACGGAAGAAGCUUGAAUUGCAACGGGAGUAUGAAGAAGAGAGGAUUCGUUUGAUGGAGGAAGAGCUAGUGGAAGAAGAGGAACGAAGCGUACGUUCUCAGCAAAGUAGCAGUAGUAAGGUACGACAGUGGAGAAGUCAAUUGCAGUUCGGUGGGGCCUGUUCGACGAUGCGAUACCCUGCAGCGAAUGAGGCACGAGGCGAACGCAAUGUGAAAGUGACCACUACGACGACUACGGCGGCUUCUGAUGUACCUGUGUCCCAGCCGCUAAACUCGACAUCACGCCUCACUGAAGAAGCAGCAAAUAACCACCAGCAAGCCGGUGACGGUGGCAACGGAUUUGAGGUACAGGCCCUGCCGAAAGCGAAGACGUGUAUUGGGACUGGAGCAGUUCCAAAACAGCUUCCAACCAGCACACCGAGUGGCGAAAUAGUAAAGUCUUUCCCUCCCCCAUCGAUGCCUUCGGUAAGUGCUCACCCGAGUGGGGUUGAAAUGGAGAAAUCACACACUAGACUAGCUAACAGUAGACAUACUAUAGGGACAGGUUCGCCAGGACCACUCAGUGGGUUCGAUAGGGACCCACUCAAUAGCAUAGCUAGAGCUAGUAUAGGCUUAGGGGUUCCCCAAAACAAAAUCUCCACCCUUUCCGUUAGCAACGUUGCACAAGCAAUGCAUAUGCAUUCUUGUGAAAGUAAAUUUCUACAAAGUGAACAAGUAUCCUUCCGACCAACGAAGGAUAGCAGUGUUCUAUUUCCGACUUACGCGUCGCGUCCUAUUGUUUCGUGUCGGGAAUCAAUGUCCAGAGUUGUGGUGGAUCCUCUAAUGUCAACGCGUGUGAUCAAUGAAGCAAGUGCAUGUGAUCCGUCAGUGUCAAUGAAGUAUCCGCGUACAGAGGCAGUUCCAGGUCGACAUCGUGAUAUACCAUCUAGCAGUCUAGGUGUAAGACAAAGAGACGAGGUUAAGCAGCAUGUAUUGGCGGACGUGACAGAACAGCAGACCGGCAGAUCAUCUUCAAGAGCUCCACGUGAACCAAAUACAGGUGAUAUUUUACAGUCUAUCCGUACUGGAUCGUUGCCACAAGGCGGUUCCGGAAUCACACCCGACCUUCCGGGAUUCCAGAGGUUGAACACAGUAAACCUACAAGUAGAUGGGCCUUCUGCAACCCAGAUUGCGGCUAGGCAAGUAAUGCCAAGAGAUCUUCCGUUAUUCUCUGGGAAUCCAGAAGACUGGCCUGUUUUCAUCAGUUCCUUCAACAACUCCUCACAGGCUUGCGGCUAUACCGAUGCGGAAAACUUGAUACGUCUACAACGCUGUUUGAAGGGUACGGCAUUGGAAGCGGUUAGAAGUCGAUUGCUGUUUCCUGCUGCAGUUCCUCAUGUCAUCGCUACGUUGGAGACCUUGUAUGGAAAGCCGGAACAUCUUAUUUUCAUGUUGGUGAAAAAGGUUCGUGAGGUGCCCGCGCCGAAAUCGGAUAAACUGGAGACGCUGAUUGGCUUCGGCAUGGCGGUCCAAAACCUAUGUGAUCACGUAGAAAUGGGACAACAAGAAGCACAUCUCAACAACCCUACUCUUCUGUACGAGCUAGUUGACAAGCUUCCAGCCAACUUAAAGCUGGAUUGGGCGCUGUUUAAGCAGGAAGCACCGGUAACCAACCUGCGAACUUUCGCUCAGUUUAUGUCGAGACUUGUGACUGCCGCAGCGGACGUGACUCUACACAUAGAACCAAGAGCAAUGCAGAAGGUAAAGCUGGAGAAACCCAGAGAAAAGAUUUUUUUGGGAGCGCACGCCGGAUCAAAACACAUCAACGAUGCGACGAAGAUGAGCGGGUCACAAGGGCACUCAGGACGAUCGGAAAAUUCUAUUGUCUGUCUAGUGUGCAAGGAUACAGGACAUAAGGUCAGGGAAUGCAAGCAAUUUGGUGAUAUGACGGUAGAUGAGCGGUGGAAAACUAUUCAAGCUUAUUCACUUUGUCGAACUUGUAUCGGCGCUCAUGGAAAACGACCAUGCAAGUCUAAAAAGUUGUGUGAUAUAGAAGGGUGUCAAGCAAAACAUCAUACUCUUCUACACUCGACUCAAACCCGUUCAGAAGUAUCAGAACCUAUUCGUGGAAUUAUGAAUCAUCAUCACGCAGCUCGUUCCAGUCUAUUUCGUAUUCUUCCAGUAACACUAUUCGCUAACAAUCGUUCUAUCGUGGUAUACGCUUUUCUCGAUGAGGGAUCGUCACGAACACUGAUUGAGGAGGAUGUCAUCAAGCGACUAGGGGUAGACGGAGAACCUAGCCCGUUAUGCCUUCAAUGGACGGCGAACAUCAAGAGAUUUGAGAAGAACUCGAGGAAGGUUAGCCUGGAGAUAGCAGGAGGCAGCAAGAAUUACCGAUACCAGCUGUUCGAUGCACAAACCGUGAACCGACUGGAUCUGCCUCGGCAGUCAAUGCGCUAUGCAGAGAUGGUGGCGAAGUAUCCCUAUUUGGAAGGAUUGCCUAUCGAGGAUUAUGCAAAUGCCGUUCCGAAAAUACUGAUCGGCAAUGACCAUUCGCAUCUAGGAGCUAGUUUGAAGAUAAGAGAAGGGAACCCACAAGAACCAAUUGCCGCCAAAUCACGUUUAGGAUGGACCAUCUAUGGAUCGGUAUCCGGAGCAAGCGAGAGAGCUCUAAGUUUUCACAUUUGCAGUUGUGAAACAAACGCUUCUCUCCACGAAUUGGUGAAGAAAUAUUUCUCCAUCGAAAGCCUGGGAGUGAAGGCCAUUGACUGUCCGGAAUCGAAAGAAGUUCAGAGAGCUAAUCGAAUUCUGCAGCAUACUACGAGGCGCGUCGGACAGCGAUAUGAAACAGGCCUCAUAUGGAAGUACACGAUUAAAUUUCCCGACAGUUAUCAAAUGGCCAAGAAACGAAUGCUUUGUUUGGAGCGACGAAUGGCUAAGAAUUCGAUAAUAGGAAACAGCGUUAAGAAACAAAUUAUUGAAUACCAAGAAAAGGGGUAUAUACAUCCAGCAACCGAAACGGAAUUGAAGGAAGCUGACCCUCAAAAAAUCUGGUACCUGCCACUAGGCGUUGCUCUGAAUCCCAAAAAGCCGGAUAAAAUCCGAAUAUUCUGCGAUGCAGCGACUAUGGUAGAAGGAGUCUCACUAAACUCCAUGCUGUUGAAGGGACCAGAUCUGAUCAGUUCUCUACCUGCGGUACUAUUCGGAUUCCGAGAGAAACGCUUUGCAAUCUGCGCUGACAUCAAAGAGAUGUUCCAUCAGAUUCAAAUAAGAAAAGAGGACCGGAACGCUCAGCGGCUGUUGUGGAGAGAUGAUACAGAAACCGAACCAGUAACGUACAUUAUGGACGUGGCCACAUUUGGCUCCACAUGCUCCCCUUGUUCCGCCCAGUAUGUUAAAAAUCUGAAUGCUUCCUCUCAAGCGGUAGAGUUUCCAAGGGCGGCCGAUGCUAUAAUCAGGAAACAUUAUGUCGACGACUACCUGGAUAGUGCAGACACAAUAGACGAAGCAGUGCAGCUGGCGAAGGAUGUACGGACCGUACAUUUUCGGGGUGGAUUUCAUAUCAGAAACUGGAUGUCAAACUCCGGAGAAGUACUCAGACGAGUCGGGGAAAUCAGUUCAGCAACAAAAAAGGACCUCGUGCUAGAUAGAACCAGUGCUACGGAACGAAUUCUCGGAAUGCUAUGGAGCCCCGAGCAAGAUGAGUUCAGCUAUUCUGCUAGUAUGCUAGUAGCUCAGCAGCGUCCGACCAAGCGCAUAGUUCUCCGAGUGGUGAUGAGUCUGUUUGACCCUUUAGGACUCAUGUCAUUCUUUGUCAUUCACGGCAAGAUUCUAAUUCAGGAUAUUUGGAGAGCGAAGACAGAGUGGGAUGAACCUAUCCCCGAGAAGCUGUGUCAGCGUUGGUGGCAGUGGACAAAGUUGUGUGAACAAUUGGAUUGUAUUCGCAUUGCUCGUUGCUAUUUCCCGGAUCGGCACACGAACGAGUUCCUAUCGUUACAGCUCCACGUUUUCGUUGACGCCAGUGAAGGAGCCUAUGCCUGCGUGGCGUACUUGAGAGCUGAAUACGAUGGAACGGUGGAAUGUGCACUGGUGGCCGCUAAGUCAAAAGUUGCGCCUCUGAAAUCUUUAUCGAUUCCACGCUUGGAGCUUCAAGCGGCUGUACUCGGAGUACGCUUACAGAAAAUGAUCCGCCAGGCGCACGGUCUGGCAAUAGGGGAGUGUUUCUACCAUACCGACUCUAAGAAUGUAUUGGCGUGGAUUAAGUCGGAUCACCGCAACUAUCGACAGUUCGUGGCCGUAAGGGUUGGAGAAAUCCUGACUGAAUCAACCGAACAGGAGUGGCGCUGGGUCCCAUCUAAGGAAAACGUUGCAGAUGACGCCACAAAGUGGGGAAACGGACCUUGCUUUUUACCGCAUAGCCGUUGGUUUCGAGGGCCUGAAUUUUUAUAUCGUGUGGAAAACGAGUGGCCAGUAGAUAAACAGAGUAAAUAUGAGACAACAGACGAGAUACGGACUUGUUUGGUUCACCAAGAAGUCAGAAUAAUUGGAACUAUCGAGUGGUCUCGUUUUUCUAAGUGGAACCGUUUAUGGCGUACCACGGCGUAUGUUCUGCGAUAUCUGAAUAAUUUAAGAAGAUACGUACGAGGCGAACAGUUGCAAUAUGGGGCGUUAACUCGUGAGGAGCUGGCUGAGGCUGAAGUUAAUAUCUGGCGGCAAGUUCAAAAUGAAGCGUAUGCGGAAGAAAUUCGUACUAUUGAGAUGGCACAGCAGAGCUCACCAGGUGCGGUAAAAAGAAAUAAUACUACUAGCAAGUUGUAUCAGCUGUCUCCCUUCGUAGAUGCUGCCGGAGUUUUGCGGUCGGAGAGCCGCAUUCCUAAGUCGUCUUUCGUAUCGUACGAUACCAGGUGUCCUAUCAUUCUUCCCAAGAAUAGCUGGGCUACGGUGCUGCUGGUGGAAUGGUAUCAUCGAAAGUUUUUGCACGCAAACGGAGAGACCGUUCUGAACGAGAUGCGGCAGCGGUAUCAUGUUUCCGGACUUCGAACAUUGAUACGUAUUGUAGCGAAACGCUGCAAUUUAUGUCGAUUAAGAAAAACGGCACCUUCUGUGCCGCGAAUGGCGCCGCUGCCUGAGACGAGAACACAAGCAUUUACGCGACCUUUCUCGUACGUAGGAUUGGACUACUUUGGCCCCCUAGCAGUUCGCGUAGGUAGGGCAACCGUCAAAAGGUGGGUCGCUUUGUUUACGUGCCUGACCAUCCGCGCCGUGCACUUAGAAGUGGUUCACUCGCUCAGUACGGAGUCUUGUAAAAUGGCCAUUCGCCGUUUUGUUGCGCGACGAGGAGCUCCGGUGGAAUUUCACAGCGACAAUGGCACUAACUUUGUCGGUGCCAGUAAUGAUCUACGAAAAGAGCUGACCAAUGUUAAUGCUGAGCUUGCAGAGACGUUCACCAACUCUACUACGAGAUGGUGCUUCAUUCCACCGUCGGCGCCACACAUGGGCGGAGCAUGGGAGAGGCUUGUUAGAUCUAUCAAGACAGCCCUGCAAGCUAUGUAUACUACUAGGAUCCCAGAUGAGGAAACUUUCGGGACUCUUAUCGUGGAGGCAGAAUCGAUCGUGAAUUCUAGACCUCUAACCUUUGUUCCGGUGGAUCCAAACCAGGAGGAAGCACUAACUCCAAACCACUUCCUCUUGUUAAGUUCAAGGGGAGUAACGCAACCGGUGAAAUCUUUAGCGGAGCCAGGACAAGCCUGUAAAAGCAGCUGGAAUUUAUGCCGUAUCAUGGUCGACUCGUUUUGGAGACGAUGGAUCCGGGAAUACCUUCCCACGAUAGCUAGAAGAACUAAAUGGUUCGAAGAAGUUAAACCAGUGGACGUAGGAGACUUGGUUAUAGUUGUAACCGAAGUGGCACGCAAUGGAUGGAUCAGAGGACGUAUUAUUGAAGUUAUUCGAGGACGUGACGGGAGAAUUCGACAGGCGGUUGUGCAGACUUCAAAGGGAGUGAUCCGUCGGCCGAUUGCAAAGUUGGCUGUAUUGGAUGUAAUGAAUAGUAACGUUGCCCAGAAGAAGUCAGGGACAAGUCACGAGUCGAGAACCGCUGUUGAAAAUCAUAAAUACCCCUCGGCUGGCGAUUGUUGCGCUUGUCCGUCUAGAGGUGAUCGUUCCGGUAAACAUGCACCGGUCGAUGUCAAGAAGUUGGUGGGAUGA